GCAGCAGUAACCAGCCAGCCUGGCUCCCUGCCCCCAGUGAUAUAUGAGAGAUAAACAUUAAAGUGUAAAAACUCCCAGUAUAACCAGCCAGCUCCUCUGCACUUCCUGAUUCCUCCUCUGCACUGGUGCUAGCGUGAUGACGUUGUUACGUACACACAGAGCAGACUGUGGACAGUCACGGAAGGUAGGGGAAGGAAUCUGUGUCCCUGCAGCGCUUCUAAGAAAUCCGGACGGACACCUCCUGGUACAGACACCAGAACUCGGUGCAUGUGGAAAUCUCCUGUGAGAGCUUUCAACAUUUAGUGCAUCCUGUAUAAACAGGAACUGAUUUCUCCUAAACUGACAGCUCAGAAGGAUUCCCACUAACAGUAAUAGAAGACAUUGUGGAAAGGGACAUUGUUCUCUGAUCAAGACAACUACAGACGCCAUUUCUUCUUACACCUCUGGGGAUUCACAGAAGCUAUUCUCAUUAUCUGGACAGAAAAACAUUAAACCACUAAUUUGUUUCUCAUCUAAUACAUGAUGAGUCCCACAGGAGAGAAACCACACCUGUGCUCUGAGUGUGACAGAAGCUUUACAUAUAAAUCACAUCUUCUCAUACAUCAGAGGAUUCACACAGGAGAGAAACCAUUUACCUGUUCUGAAUGCAGCAAGUGUUUUUCCCGGAAUUCACAUCUUGUUAUGCAUCUGAGGAGUCACACAGGGGAGAAACCAUUUAAAUGUUCUGAAUGCAGCAAGUGUUUUCUAAAUAAGUCAGAGCUUGUUGUACAUCUGAGGAUUCACACAGGAGAAAAAUCAUUUACCUGUUCUGAAUGCAGCAAGUGUUUUUCCCAAAAGUCACAUCUUGUUACACAUCAGAAGAUUCACACAGAAGAGAAACCAUUUAAAUGUUCUGAAUGCAGGAAGUCUUUUUUACAAAAGUUGCAUCUUAUUAGUCAUCAGAGGAGUCACACAGGAGAGAAACCAUUUGAAUGUUCUGAAUGCAGCAAGUGUUUUUCCCAGAAGUCAUAUCUUGUUGUACAUCAGAGGAGUCACACAGGAAAGAAACAAUUUAAAUGUUCUGAAUGCAGCAAGUGUUUUUCUCAAAAGUCACAUCUUGUUAUACAUCAGAGGAGUCACACAGGAGAGAAACCAUUUAAAUGUUCUGAAUGCAGCAAGUGUUUUUCCCAAAAGUCAUAUAUUGUUAUACAUCAGAAAAUUCACACAGAAGAGAAACCAUUUAAAUGUUCUGAAUGCAACAAGUGUUUUUCCCAAAAGUCACAUCUUGUUACACAUCAGAAGAUUCACACAGAAGAGAAACCAUUUAAAUGUUCUGAAUGCAGCAAGUGUUUUUCCCAAAAGUCACAUCUUGUUACACAUCAGAGGAGUCACACAGGAGAGAAACCAUUUGAAUGUUCUGAAUGCAGCAAGUGUUUUUCCCAUAAGGUAUCUCUUGUUAUACAUGAGAGGAGUCACACAGGAGAGAAACCAUUUACAUGUUCUGAAUGCAGCAAGUGUUUUAUUAAGAAGAAAACACUUGUUAAUCACAUGAGGAGUCACUCUGAGGGCCUGAAUGCAGCAAGUGUUUCAUAAGUAAGAGAACAUGUAUCACUACAAUAUGCAAUCAGGGACUCCACUUUUUAUUUUGUGAAUGUGGCAAGUGUUUUAUAUAAAUAAUUCUUGAUAAAGA